AGACUGCUAUGCUACACUUGUUCGCUCCUCAGCAGCUGCCAUGAGGGUUGCGGCAAGAUGCUUGCAGCAGAGAUUCUCAAGUCGAUCGACUACGGUGUGCCCCAUCUGGUGGCAACAAGGAUGGUCCCGGCAACGAGCUGGCAGCGUGGCAGAAGCCGAGUUGUUGGCACCGCUAGGGGAGUUGCUGAUGCCCAACACGCCAAUCUUGGAGCUUUUCCGGAGCUUCCCAUCGCCACCAGGGUGGGCUGGACACUACUUGGAACCGGAUUUGACAGCUCAUGGGGUGUUGAAGAGCCAACAAGCUGCGUUGUUCAUAGAAUACGAUGGUUACUGGCGGCAUGGUGAAAAGGCUGGCAUUGACAUGGACCAGUUGAAGAACGCGGCUUUGUUGGACUUUGCCCCCACUGGUUCCAAAGUCAUUCGCAUCAGCCACACUCCAUACAAAUCUGUGAAAUUUCAGUCUGAUAAAGCCAUUCUUCAGAUUUGCGUGGACGUGUGGCGGCAAGGUGAUUCCAAGAGACGUUCAGACGCCCUUCACGGAGUCUUGGAACAGAUGCUUGAUGCAUUUCAGGAGGUGUUAGACCCGAAGACUCUGAGGCAGUUGCAGAUGCAGAGGGACACGGGUACAAUACAUGUAUCGAACUUUGCCCGGAGCGUUGCUGAAGCAGCAGCUAUGGCAAGAGGUCGAAACUCAGUCAAGGAGAUCUCAGCUUUCUUGGAUGGUGAAGGUUUCUCCAGAAAGAAUGUAGACCUGAUGCUGAAGGGACCCUUGUCAGGCUGUCGAUGCAUCCAGACAAACCUGCAGCCAAAGUUGAAGUGGCUGCGGCAACUAGGCUUAAGCCACGAACAAGUUGCGAAGGCUGUGACCAUUUGCCCUGCAAUCCUUGGAUACAGCGUCGAGCAGAACUUGAAGCCGACUGUCCAGUGGCUGCUAGGUUUGGGUUUGAACAAGACUCAAGUUGCCAAGGCUGUGGCCACAUUCCCUGCAAUCCUUGGAUGCAGCAUCGAGCAGAACUUGAAGCCGACGAUCCAGUGGCUGCUAGGUUUGGGUUUGAACAAGACUCAAGUUGCGAAGGCUGUGGCCUGCAAACCUCAGGUUCUUGGAUUUAGCAUCCAGGAGAACUUGAAGCCGACUGUCCAGUGGCUGCUAGGUUUGGGUUUGAACAAGACUCAAGUUGCCAAGGCUGUGGCCUGCAAACCUCAGGUUCUUGGAUAUAGCAUCAAGCAGAACUUGAAACCGACUGCCCAGUGGUUGUUGGAUUUGGGUUUGAGCAAGUCUCAAGUUGCCAAGGUUGUUGCCGCCUUCCCUGCAAUCCUUGGAUAUAGCAUCGAGCAGAACUUGAAGCCAACAAUCCAGUGGCUGUUAGAUGUAGGCCUUAGCAAGAGUGGAGUCGCAUCAGCAGUCGCCAGCUUUCCAAACUUUUUAGGCCUCAGCAUUGACAAGAGUCUGCAGCCCAAGUAUUCUUUGCUUGUAGCAGCCUUUGGACCCACUGGAGCUGGACAGUUCAUUGCCAGAAACCCUAGAAUCCUGAGUUACAGCCAGCGGCGACUGAAUGAGCGGCUGAGUGUUCUUGCCAACCGCAACGAAACUGAGAAAUUGGCAAGCGUAAUGAGCCUUACGAUGCCAGCCUUCGAGAAACGCUUUUCACGCUGAUGUUUGCUUCGAAGAUCACUGUUACAGUCAUUGUAUCAAUUUCAUUGAAGAUCACCGUUGUGCAUUUAUCCUCCAGUGAGGCUUUACUUGAACUGUUUGGGUCCUUGAUGAGUGACGUGGACUGAUUCUUCGAGCCUAAAAGAUCGAUACAGCAGCAACGUGAUGUUGUGC